GUGGACGUAGAGGUGGACGUAGAGGUGGACGUAGAGGUGGACGUAGAGGUGGACGUAGAGGUGGACGUAGAGGUGGACGUAGAGGUGGACGUAGAGGUGGACGUAGAGGUGGACGUAGAGGUGGACGUAGAGGUGGACGUAGAGAUGGAAAAGUGCCUGCCAGGGUUUUCCGGGAAGAGCUGUGAAGAGAUAAUAGACUACUGCAGUCUGCUCAGUGUCAACUGUCUGCACCAGGGACUGUGCCUCAGCGUAAUUGGUGGAUAUAAUUGUCUCUGUGCUCCUGGAUGGAUAGGGGAGUUCUGUCAGUAUGGAGGGAACGCCUGCCUGAUCUACCCAGACAGCUGUAUGAAUGGGGCCACCUGCAUCACCACAAAUCAACCUACGGCUCCCCCACAGUACAGAUGUAUCUGUAGCCCUGGUUACACAGGACCCCGCUGUGAUACAGAAAUUAACCUGUGUUUCUCCAACCCCUGUCUGCACAAUGGGACAUGCUUGGACUCUGUUGGCUUCUACAAAUGCAGUUGUCCCCCAGGUAUUUAUGUUGUGCCCCCUCACAUUCAGUUUCACUAA